AUGCUAAAACCUAGAGCUCUAUCAGAAGUUCUGAGCCAGGCAAAUACUGGGGGAGUUGGAAGCACACUCCUUUUGAAUAGCGAAGGUUCCUUGCUGGCCUUUGCUGGGUUUGGUGACAGAGAUGCUUCAGCCGCAGGUGCCAUUGCCAGCAACAUUUGGACGUCUUUCCAGAAAAGUGGGCAGUAUUCCUUAGAUGAUGGCAAACUCAAAUGUGUCCUGGUUGAAUGCAGUCAAGGAAAAGUUGCUAUCACCAAAGUUGCAAAUCUGUUGCUGUGUUUAUGUGCUAAAGAAUCCGUGAGUUAUGGCAUGCUAAAAACAAAGAUUGAAGCCAUGGCUGUUUAUUUAGAAGAACCCUUGUCUCAAGUGGCGGCAUCCUGA